AAGAGGUCCAUACCAUAUACCAUCUAUCUCUUCAAUUUCUCUCUCUACACAAAAAAACAAACUAGUCUGUAAUAUCAAUCAACCAAAUCAGAGUUUGUUUCCUUUUCAUUUUCUUUCAAGGUAGUUUUUUUUUCUAAAAAUGAAAAGACAUUAAAAAAUAUUAUUAUUAUUUUGUUAUCAGAGAACAACAUCUACUGUUUCCCAAAUUAUUAGUACAUCAAACUUUCAUCUUCUCAGUUAUAAAUCAUAAUCUCCAUCCUAUAUUCUCACUCCCUCACUCACUCUGGUCACUGUCUUUAGGAACCCUAGAACAAUUUUUUUUCUCUUUUCAAAACAACACUGGAUCUGAAAAUUAAGCUAAAAAAGGAUUUAAUCUAUGGAUUCAAUUCAAGAUUUUAUGGACUCAUGUAACUCUGACAACAGUUGCAGCCUCACCAACAGCACCAUAACUACCAACAGCAGUAACAACAACAUCAGCAACGCCAUAGUUGGUAGCUCUUCACCUUCUGGCUCUACCACCACAAGCAGCCGCUAUGAAAACCAGAAACGCCGUGACUGGAACACUUUUGGCCAGUACCUCAAGAAUCACCGUCCUCCUCUCUCCCUCUCCAGAUGUAGCGGUGCUCAUGUGCUUGAAUUUCUCCGGUACUUGGACCAAUUUGGCAAGACAAAAGUGCACACACCAAUUUGUCCAUUCUAUGGACAUCCAAACCCUCCAGCACCAUGUCCAUGUCCAUUAAGACAAGCUUGGGGUAGUCUUGAUGCACUGAUAGGUCGUUUAAGGGCAGCUUUUGAGGAAAAUGGAGGGAAGCCAGAAACAAAUCCAUUUGGUGCUAGAGCUGUUAGACUUUACCUUCGUGAGGUUCGUGAUCUUCAAUCCAAAGCAAGAGGUAUUAGUUAUGAGAAGAAGAAAAGGAAACGUCCACCACAACAACAACCACAACAGCUUCAGCUUCAGCAGCAACAACCAAUGCAAUUGCAAUUGCCUCUUCAUCUUCAUCAUCACCAUCAACAUCAGCUUCCACCUCCAGGUGCAACUCAAUAAAAUGGCUAUUCUCAUAUUCCAUGGAAAAAACUAUCUUUAUUUAUCUCAAGUCAUGAAUAUUAUUAAUUGUCUAAUUAAUUUUAAGUACUAGUAGUAGCUAGUAGGUUUAGGUUUUAUUUAUUUGUCAGUUAAAUUUUGUGAAAGAUUUCUGGUUGUCAUUAAUUUGUUGUAUUGUAUGUAUGUAUGUAUUCUGCUUGGUGUAGCAGAAAUUAAAGAUAAGAUUAUGAAUCAUCAUGUUUUAUAAUGACAACAGUUAAUUAAUGGUACUUAUAGUAAUCUGUUA